AUGGACUGGCAAAACGAUAUCCGUGUUAUUGUCGGUUUGGAUUUUGGUACCACAUAUUCGGGAUUCGCUUAUUGUCAUAUAUAUGAUGAAAUUAUUCAUACGAACAGUAAGUGGCCCGGAGUGACAGGUGAGUUCAAGACCAACACAGUACUCCAGUAUGAUUAUAAGUUUAUAAGAGUCGAACAAUGGGGAAAUCCGGCAUUAUAUAAACGAUCAAAUGCGAAGAAAGAAAAAGAACCUGUUGAAUUAUUUAAAUUACACCUGGGUAAUUUACAAGCAAAACUUAGACCUAAACUUUCAAUCGAUCAUAAGAAAGCAAUUAAGGAUUACCUCUAUGAGAUCGGAAAGCUAAUUAGGAAAACGAUUCAUCAAAAAUGGUCUGAAGUUGAACUUACCAAACAUGUUCUUUGGGUUCUUACCGUUCCAGCAGAAUUCUCGGAAAAAGACAAAUGCAUAAUGAGGGAAUGUGUGUGUAAUGCUAAGCUCAUUAGAAAUAAAAGUUCCCCAAAUCUACAUUUUACCACUGAACCUGAAGCUGCGGCAAUUUAUUGUAUCGAGAAUGAAUUACGAGAUUUAAAUAUCGGAACUUCCUUUAUGAUUGUUGACUGCGGAGGUGGUACCGUCGAUUUAACAACUCGAGAGUUAGUUGGAAUUGAUCAAUUAGGUGAAGUUACUGAACGAACCGGGGAUUUUUGUGGAAGCACAUUUGUUGAUAAUGAAUUCAUUCAAUUUUUACGAAAAAGGCUCGGUCAUCGUGCCAUGGAUUUAUUAAAAGAACACAAUUAUGGUCAAUAUCAAAAUAUCGUUCAAACGUUUUGUCGACGUAUAAAAAUUCCUUUCACGGGUGAUGAACCGGGAUCUCCCUAUAAAUUAGAUAUUGAAGACAUUGCUCCAGCUUUAAAACAAUUUGUCGAUGAAGAAAUCAAAGGAAAUCUGAAAGCACGGGAAUGGUUGAUUAAAAUUACGUUCAAUGACGUAAAGAAGAUGUUUGAUCCUAUCAUCGAUAGAAUUAUUCGUAUGAUACGACAUCAACUUUUAAAUAAUCGAGGAGUAUGCUCCGAGAUAGCUUUAGUUGGAGGCUUUAGUAAAUCAAAAUAUUUACAAAAACGGAUCAAACAAGAAUUUGUACAUGAAGCGGUAAUUGUAAUUCCUAAUCAACCUGAAGCGGCAAUUGUUCGUGGGGCGGCCAUGUAUGGACUAAGUUUACAAAAAUCUUCUAAUACAAGUAAAAUGCAUAAGACUAAAUUCGCAAUCUUGAAUCGUAUCCUGAAAUAUACAUAUGGAAUAAAAAUAUUCCCGCCGUGGAAAAAUGGAGACCCGCCUGAACGUAAUGAAAACGGGCGUAUUGGUAUUUUCAAACGACUUGCGGAAAUAGGUACGGAAGUAGUACCCGAGAAAGAGUUUAGUUCAAGCUUUAUACCUGUUAAAUCAAAGCAAUCGGAUAUGAAAUUUGAAGUAUAUUAUACAACAAAACAUAAUGCAAAAUAUUGUGACGACGAUCAGGUGAAACCUUUAGGAUCGGUUCAUAUCGACCUUCCUGGAAUCGUUAAGAAUCGUCGUGAAAUGAAGGUCACCUUUGGAUUUUUUUUUGGUCAAAUGGAAAUCACAGCAUUUGCAAGGAAUGAAGUCAAUGGACAAAAUUACAAAAUUAGAUUCGAUUUAUCAAUGGAAAACGAAAUUUAA